UGGAUUGUAAUAUAAUGUGAUUAACUUUUGAGGGAGAAAGAGAGAGAGAUUAUAUAUAGCUAUUAAUUAAUAUGGGGGAAGCAAAUAAGGGAGUGGUGAAACAUGUGUUCAUAUUGAAAAUGAAAGAAGGAUUAUCAAAUGACCAAAUUGAACAAAUGAACAAGGAUUAUGCCAAUCUCGUUAAUCUAGUUCCAUCCAUGAAAGCCCUACAAUGGGGAAAAUUAGAGGUGAAUAAUAAGCUUGGAAAUGGAGGGUACACUCAUAUAUUUGAGUCUACAUUUGAGAGUAUGGAAGGUGUAGCUGAGUAUGCAGAUCAUCCUGCUCAUCUUCACUUAAGAAAUUUGUAUUUUCACACCCUUGACAAAUUUCUAGUUUUUGACUACAAACCAACCAUAGUUUUACCUAAUUCCUCUUAAUCAUCAUCAUUACCCAAAACAUUAUUCUCUUUCAUUGGACUUAUGCUAUUAAUUAUUAAUAAUAUAUCUCAUAUAUAAA